GCCGCUUCCGGCAGCGCGACCUUCGCCGCGGGAGGCCGGGGCCGGCGGGUCGGCAGUGAAGAUGUCGGCGCCAACGAUGGAGGAGAGGAAGGCCUGCUGGGGGGCCCGGGACGAGUUCUGGCAGUGCUUGGAUAGGCACGGGGACGAUGCCUCCCAGUGCGAGAAGCUGCGGCUGUCCUUCGAGGCCCGCUGUCCGCAGCAGUGGGUUAAACAUUUUGACAAAAGAAGAGACUUUUUAAAAUAUAAAAAAAAGCUUGAAACAGAAGGCUAUCAUCCUCCAGAAGCUGCUGGAAAGUGAUAGGUACU